UCUCCUGCUUUCAUUUUGCCAUGUUCUGUGGCUCUCAUCAAAAGGAGCUUUUGUCUUCAUGAAGAUUCCCAAUCUUGGUAAUGUGAUGAAUAAAUUUGAGGUCCUUGGAGUUGUAGGUGAAGGAGCUUAUGGAGUGGUGCUUAAGUGUCGACACAAGGAAACAAAAGAGAUUGUGGCCAUCAAGAAAUUUAAAGACAGUGAAGAAAAUGAAGAAGUUAAGGAAACGACAUUGCGAGAACUCAAAAUGCUUCGCACUUUGAAGCAAGAAAAUAUAGUGGAGCUGAAGGAAGCGUUUAGAAGAAGAGGAAAAUUAUACCUAGUCUUUGAAUAUGUUGAAAAAAACAUGCUCGAGUUGCUGGAAGAAAUGCCAAAUGGAGUUCCUUCUGAAAAGGUCAAGAACUACAUCUACCAGUUAAUAAAAGCAAUUCACUGGUGCCACAAAAAUGACAUUGUCCAUCGAGAUAUCAAACCGGAGAAUCUUUUAAUUAGUUACACUGACACCUUGAAGCUUUGUGACUUCGGGUUUGCACGGAAUUUGUCAGAGGGAAGUAAUGCAAACUACACGGAAUAUGUGGCUACGCGGUGGUACAGAUCUCCAGAGCUGCUCCUUGGGGCCCCAUAUGGAAAGGCUGUUGACAUGUGGUCUGUGGGCUGUAUCCUAGGAGAAUUGAGUGACGGCCAGCCACUUUUUCCAGGUGAAAGUGAAAUUGAUCAGCUUUUUACAAUCCAGAAAGUGUUAGGACCUCUUCCUGCAGAGCAAAUGAAGCUUUUUUACAGUAAUCCUCGUUUCCAUGGAAUGCGCUUUCCAGCAGUUAACCAUCCUCAGUCCUUGGAAAGACGAUACCUGGGAAUUAUAAGUAGCAUUUUGCUUGACCUAAUGAAGAAUUUGCUGAAACUGAAUCCAUCUGAUAGAUACCUGACCGAACAGAGUUUGAAUCACCCAGCAUUUCAGACCCAGAGACUCUUGGAUCGAGGUGGCAGUUCACCUUCCAGAUCAUCCAAGAGAAAAACUCACCACUCAGAAAGCAACUCUUCAAGCAGGAAGCAACCUAGCAAAAGUUCCUCCCAUCAGACACAUCACAGAGCAAACAGCAAAGAUGUACAAACCCUUUCUGUUGGACCAAAACGAAGUGAAGACACCCACCCACCCACUGAAACCUUUAUAAAUGGAAAUCAUCCUGCAGGGUCUCACAGCCCAACAGUCCACCCGAAAAAAAGUAACCAAAGUGGAUCUGGUAACAAGGAUCUAGCCAAUAAUAGUUUGCCACAUCUUCUUAGUCCAAAAGAAGUAAAGUCAAAAACUGAAUUUGAUUUCAGCCCUGAGCAAAAAGCCACAGACGGACCAGGUGCAAAAUACCUAAAAUCAAAUUCCCGUUCUCAUCAGAACCGACAUUCAUUCAUGGAGGGCAAAACAGGAAGUUUGCAGCCUACUGAAAAACAUACUCGUCAUAGCUACAUCGACACGAUCCCUCAGUCCUCAAAAAAGAGUAGUUCCUACUAUUCAAAACAUCACGGUGUCUUGACAGAUUCAAAAUCAGUUGGCAACCUUAGUGAAACUAGAGGCCAAAUACUGGAGCCUAGUAGUAGGUAUUUUCCAUCCAGUUGUCAUGACUUAAACUCUCCAACUAGUCCUGCUGGGCCAAGGCAUGUUGACAAUAGAGCUAUGUUGAGCCCAUCAGGGAGGACUAAUAGGAAAGAAGGAACUUUGGAGCCUCGAAGGCCUACCACAAGACAUUCCAGAACCAUGGAGGAGCUAAAACUGCCUGACCAGAUGGAUGGCAGCCAUUCCCACUCCUUGUCAGCUCCACAUGAGUCUUUUUCUUAUGGGCUAGGUUAUACUAGUCCAUUCUCCUCGCAACAGCGGCCUCACCGACACUCCAUGUAUGUGAGCCGAGACAGAGUGCGUGUAAAGGGCACAGAUACAGGACUAGCUGUUGGACAAGGCAUGGCAUCAAGGGCCAACAGUCUGCAGUUGUUAUCCCCUCAGGUACAGCAUAGAACAUUGACCAGAUCUGUUGGAUCAUCCCGCGAGGACUGCACUGAGGACACUACUAGGGGUGACCAGGUCCCUUCAGAAGUGAUCCAUCCACGACCUUUAGCUAAAGACCCCAACAGAGAUGGCACAACUUCAUUUCACACGCGACAAAAGUCUGAGGGUGGACCAUAUCAUGAUGCCCACCCUGAUGAUGGAGCUUCCUCAAAAGAAAAUCGCCAUAUAUAUACAGACACAGUUCCUAGACGGGUUGGCAGCUUCUACAGAGUUCCAUCACCACGUCCAGAUGGAACAUAUGAAAAUACCACAUCAAACCGUGGACCUUCACAUCCAGUAGACAGCAGUGGUGGAUCGAAUCAUUCCAAGAGACAAACUACUUUUGAUCACUGGAAGAGUGCAGAAAAAAGCCAUCCUGAGCAAAUCAAGGACAAGGAAAAGCAAGGAUUUUUCAGAGUCAUUAAAAAGAAAAAGAAGAAAUCUCAAACUACAGACUCUACUGACCCUGAGAAACCAAGCAUCAAGAAAAGCCUCUUUCCACUAUUUAGUUCAAAGAACCAUUUAAAGCAUAGCUCCUCUUUGAAAAAGCUUCCUGUAGUCAAUCUGCCGAUGAUGCCCAGUGCAGACAGUCAAGAACAUCUGGCCGCACAGAAAGGCAUCCACUCCUCCAGCAGCAAAAGCAGCCGACACAAAGAAUGGCGUCCAGACAAGAUGGGAGAACUCCAUUCCCAUAGUCAACCUUUAAAAUCUCUUUGGAAACUACUACACCCAUCUUCAUCCUCAAGUCACCCACCUCCACCAGAUCCUCGUUUUCAACCAUUACCAAGCCAGCCACCUAAAACACCUUCCUUCGCAGAUGCAAGAAUUCACAAUAUGGGUCAGACUUCCAGUGGUGGAGUUGGUGUCCAUCGUCAGGAAACUCAGCCAAAAAGCAGACAGGGGCUACAUAUUCCAGGACAGGCAGAGCCUGUUUGGCAUGUUUCCCCUGUAAAUAGAGGAACCAAUGAAGGAGCUCCUUUUCCCGAUCAGCUAUCUUCAAAACCUGGUCAGAAUGGGCUCCCUUUUAACCGGACGAAAAGAACACGAUUGCCAAAUCUGAAUGACUUAAAAGAGACAGCCCUUUAGUUAACACCUGAAUGCAAGGCAAUGUGUACCUGAAAGUAAGUGUUGGACAAAUGGUAACUUGGUGAAAUGAAUGUAAAAUAAAGUACCCAUAGCUCUUUUUGAUAUGUGCAAUAUGCUUGUGUGAGGCUACACUGUGCAUUAACCCACCCACUAAUACUUCUGUUGAUUGUUAGGUUAUCUGCUAUCAGUAUUCUUUGUGACAUUAGAAUGUGCAAUAAAAGAAGGCGUUGUUAAUACAUUAUAAAGAGUUCCCACCACAGGUUUUGAUAUUUGAUAACUAGCUUCAAAACCACAACAAAAUGAUU